UGAAUAUUGCUUUUGAACUACUUCGUUGCAGAACAACAAACGACUGGAGUACGUUUGCUUUUUAAGAAACAAAUUGACCUUUCCGAGAAUUCUCUAUUGAGAAAGGUUCCAGUAGAGAAGGAAUUAGAAGGGUGAAACUGACUUUAGAUUUUCGCAGCCAAAGACGUUACACCCUUCCAUUUGCCCACAAUGGAUGACCAAGCCUGUCCACGAUGUAAAACCACAAAAUAUCGUAACCCUUCGUUGAAGUUGAUGGUCAACGUAUGCGGGCAUACGUUAUGUGAAUCUUGUGUGGAUUUGCUCUUCUUAAAGGGAUCGGGUUCCUGUCCACAAUGUAAUGUUGCUCUCAGACGUAACAAUUUCCGCAUACAACUGUUCGAAGAUCCUAUGGUGGAAAAGGAAGUCGAUAUACGUAAACGUAUUCUCAGGGAUUAUAAUAAAAAGGAAGACGAUUUCAAUUCGCUGCAGGAAUACAAUGACUAUUUGGAGGAAAUCGAGACUAUUAUAUACAACUUAUGCAACAAUAUCGACAUUAUUGGCACCAACAAACGUAUAGAACAGUACAAGAAAGACAAUCGUGAAGUUAUACAACGUAACCGAACACGUAUGGGUCGUGAAGAAAUCGAAUUGGAGGAGAUGUUGGAACUUGAGAAGACGCAAGAAGAGUUACGUCGGCAGGAGUUACUUAAUCUAGAGGCUGAACAGAAAAAGAAGAAAGCUCGCGAGAAGGAAGCACUCAUUGAUGAGCUUAUGUGCAGUGGCAAGGAUGCAAAUGCAAUUGUUAAUGAAUUUGCUGUGAAAGUUGAAAAAUUGCGAGAAGAAGAAAAACAAUUGCCACCACCGCCGAAACCGGCAACACAAUUCUCAUCGGGUAUUAAAUUUGGUCGCUCGGCAGAUCAUCAAUUUCUACCCGUGCCAAAAGUCGAAGAAGGUCCCGUGUAUAUACACGAAAGACCUGUUCUAUACAUGGAAGGUCCGGCAGCACCACCUGUACAGGAAAUUGAAAGUCGUGGUUAUAUGGCUCAUGUCCGGGGCGAAAAUCUUACCGAAAGAGCCGGUGGUUAUCGGGCAACGUACGCCUGUCAACGAGCUCUACUCGAAGCAAUGCAGGGUUUGUUUCAUGGUGCUGCAGUUGCAAACUGAAGAACCAGAGUUACGGGUAUACAAAAUCUUGGGUAGAUAUAUGUUGGCAGGGAAAGAUAAUAGAUCUUAGGAAAUCACUUGUUGAGUACUGAAAUAAAUUUAUUUUAUUUUUUAUGAAUGAAAAAGAAUUGAUAUAAAAUAAAAUUUAUGUUGUACUGUGUAAGAACAAAAUGCUUUAAUUUAAA